AUGGCAAAGUCACUUAUGCGCGAAUUAAGAAAGCUAUUGAAAAUUACGAUUAUAGUCUUUCGUGAGAGUAUUUUAUUUUUUUCCGAUCUUAUUUUACGACAAUUUCUCUCAUCAAAUGGAUUUUGGAAUAAAGUUGUAUUAACAGAUUCAAACAUUUUACUUUUUGUCUAUACAACAAUAUUGUUGAUUAUAUCAUUUACUUCACUUUAUUGUUCCGAUGCUUUUUUUGAUAAUGCAAUGUUAGCCUCAUUUUCUGGAUCAAAAUUAGAUGAACAACUUGUAUAUAUCACAUUAUCAACAUUUUCAGCAGUGAUUUCUGUUAUUUCCUUUUUUAAAUUAAAGUUACCAAAAUGGAAUAUGUCAAUUUAUAAUCGAUUACAAAAAAUUUUACAUAUAUCAAUUAGUUUAUUACCACUUAUAUUACCAUUUUGGAAUGCUUCGAAUGCCUAUAAUUCAACAUUAACUAAAGAUCGUCGAAAUUCAAUUUCAUUACAAGUCAAUAUUCUAAUGUUUAUAUUUCUUACGAUAGGCAUCUUAUGUCUUAUGAUAUUGAUUUAUUUUUUCAGUCGAUUUCGUAUUCCACGUCGAAUUUGUUUGAUUCUAAUUUAUUUAUUCAUUUUCAGUUUAUUAUACUUUAUCUAUAGUUAUUCACAAUCAUGGAAAAUUAAUUUACGAAGAAUUAAUACUGGUAGUUUGCACUAUCUUGAUCGAAAUAGAAUGAAUCCACAUUGUCAAAUAUCCGAUCAUUUGCAUUUUGAUGACUUUAUGCCAACAGGUUUGAAUUUUAUUUUAAUAGAUGUCUUUAUAUCGUAUUGUAGUUUAGUAUCUCUGAUUUCGGCUAACAAAGAAAAUCAAUUUAAACAAUUUUAUAUGGAAAAAUCCACUUUUUUCUCUUAUAUAAUGAUUCACAAAGUUGGAUGA